AUUCAAUAAUUUAUCCGUUAGUUGAAACAUAGAGAGAAUACUUUACUCCCUCCGUCCACGAAAUGAGUACCCAUUUGUGGACGACACGAGUUUUAAAAAAUAUAUUGAGUGUAGUGUGAAUAGAAUAAGGGUUUCAUAUUUUUUAGUGUAUUAAUUAAAAUGUUUUGUGGGGUACACUUGCCAAAAAGGGAAAUGGGUACUCAUUUUGUGGACGGACGAAAAAGGAAAUAUGAGUACACAUUUCGUGGAUGGAGGUAUCAUUAUUUUGUAAUUAAAUAUUGUCCCACGUCUAAUUGUACAUGGAUCUCUGCGUGUACAAGUCCACUGCUACAAAACGUUGACAUCAAACUCCUCUUCAUUGCGUGUUUUAGUGUCUAAUUGUGUUUUCGGCCGUGUUGUUCGCCCCUGAAUAAGUUUGUCAUGAUUACUGGAAAUUUGUGCCAAAUGUGCACACCUGUUUAUAGAAUUUGAUUUGGUUGUGGUGAAUUGCUGGAGGGAUUUGGAGUUCUUGGGUUUUGUUUGGAGGAAUUUGCGAAAUAAGAGUUAAUUAGAUUGGAUUCUCGGUGAAGCUUAGGAUGAAUACUAAGAAGAAUGUGGGGCGUGCAUCGCCCUUUUUGUUGGUGUUGUUGUCGUUUGGUUUCUUCCUAGCAACGUACAAUUUGUUGAUUUUGGUAAUGCACAAGACUAGUAGGGGUGUUACGGAGGAGUUGCAUGAUCCAGUUGUUAGGAAGCCUGAUGAGGUGAGGGAGGGCACUGGUGCAAAAUUUCAUGUUGCUUUGACAGCCACUGAUGCGCCUUAUAGCAAAUGGCAAUGCCGGAUUAUGUACUAUUGGUACAAGAAAAUGAGGGAUAUGCCAGGAUCAGAUAUGGGGGGCUUUACUAGGGUUUUGCACUCGGGGAAUCCUGAUAACUUGAUGGAGGAGAUUCCGACUGUUGUUGUAGAUCCUCUUCCGGAAGGGCUUGAUCGGGGUUACAUUGUUUUAAACAGACCUUGGGCAUUCGUGCAGUGGCUGGAGAAAGCCACAAUAGAGGAAGAAUAUAUUCUAAUGGCAGAACCUGAUCAUGUUUUUGUCAAUCCGUUGCCAAAUUUGGCUCGUGGAGAUCAUCCAGCUGCAUUCCCAUUUUUCUACAUAAAACCAACUGAAAAUGAGAAAAUUAUAAGAAAAUAUUAUCCUGAAGAUAAAGGCCCAGUGUCCAAUGUUGAUCCAAUUGGCAACUCUCCUGUAAUUGUAAAGAAGUCGAUUUUGGAGAAAAUUGCACCCACAUGGAUGAAUGUAUCUUUGCGAAUGAAAGAUGAUCCAGAGACUGAUAAGGCUUUUGGAUGGGUUUUGGAAAUGUACGGUUAUGCAGUUGCAUCUGCUUUGCAUGGAGUACGGCAUAUCCUUCGGAAGGACUUCAUGCUACAGCCUCCAUGGGAUUUGGAAAUUGGCCAGAAGUUUAUCAUUCAUUAUACAUAUGGAUGUGAUUACAACAUGAAGGGGGAAUUGACUUAUGGGAAGAUUGGAGAAUGGAGAUUUGACAAGAGAUCUCAUCUGCGUGGUCCUCCCCCAAGAAAUAUCCCAUUACCUCCUCCAGGCGUUCCUGAAAGUGUGGUGAGGCUUGUGAAAGCAGUGAACGAAGCUAGUGCAAACAUUCCUAACUGGGACACACUGUGAAUUUUGGCCGAGAUACGUUCCUUAGUUUUGGAUCAUACGGGAGCUUGAAGAUGUGAUGUUUUUUGCGGCCUUGAUAGUGGUUAACUAUACAAAAUAUGAAUUUAUGAGAAAGAGAGAAUACAUGUAGAAGAAGAUGAGGGUUUUGUCCGACGUAUAUCCUUUUUAGACACCUCUAACAUCAAUACACAAUGAAGCAGAUGACAUUCUUUUUGUGCAAAUAUAUUCUAAUGUUUGCUACUCCGGUCUUGUUUGUGCUUGAAAGUAAUGCAAUUUCAUAGCAGAUUCACUGA